CAUGCAUUGGCUCAUUCUGUGACAAGACAGCGGGAAUGACAUUUCGCCGGGAUUUAGCUUGUGUUUCCCUUGGACUACUGGAUUGGGAAAUGUACAUAAAGGAACUGAUCUAAUGUGAUGAAGUGCAACUGCUGGAUAAAUCAAACAUGACAGCUGUACAUGCAUACAUUUUGUUUCAUAUUGUCUUCGGUUAUUUACAUCAGGGUUUGGGUUUGAUUUCAGACUACAAAUUAUGUGGAGACCCCCAAUGUGAAAGCAUGAUAAGUCAUGUACAGGCACAGAGAGACCACAGUGCUAAAGAUUGCCAAUUUCUAAACUUCAAAAAAGGAGAUAUAAUCACUGUUUACUUCAAACUCACUGGGAAAAGAAAUGAUCUCUGGGCAGGAAGUAUUGAAAAGCUGUCUGGAUUGUUCCCAAAAGAUGCCAUCAAAGUUGAUCAACUGUUUAUUGAUGAAAAAAAGGAAAUCCAGGUGCCAACCCAGGAAUUUGACUUCAUCUGCUUUGAUGAAAAUGGUUUAGUGAUUGAACGAAGUACUGAAUUUGAUGAUCUGGAAGAUUUGUCAAGAGAAACCGAUUUCAAUGAAAUCCAAGAUAAACCUAAUGAAGAAGAAGAACGUGAACCCAGACAGGUUUCUGUUCAAGAUGUUUCUGAUCAAAACAGCCCCAAGACAACACAAAAAGGUGGGUCUUCCUGGAUAGGCUCUGCUGUUAGUGGAUGGUUUGGCAGGAAUGCACAAAGCAAUGAUGAACCACAGGAUGAGAGCAGUGGAGAAUCCUUCAAAAGCAGAAAGAUAGUGAUGGAUAUUGAGGAGAACCAUGUGGAGGAGAAGACGAACUCUGGAACUUUUGGUUGGAUCAGGGGUGAACUCACCAAUGCUUUUGGAUUUGGAAACAAGGAUCUAAAAACUGAUACACAAGACAAUAUUAAGAAAUCAACAAAAGAUGAAGAUACCUCAUCUCAGCAGCCUAGCGCCUGGAUAAGUACGGGUAGAGAUGUCUUGGACAUUGGUGAAGACGAUACUGAAGCAGCAACUAAACCUGAAGCUGAGAAAGCAGAUGAAGACAUAAACACGGAGGACACGAGCAUUCUUGACCCCAGUCAGAACAUGGAUGUGGUUAACAACAAACAGCGAGAUGCAAACAACCCAGAAGACAGUGUGGAAAAUAAGGAUGGUCCCUUGGAAGACAGGAGAACAGAAAAUGCAAAAGAAAAGGAACAGGUGGGGUGGUAUGGAAAUAUGUACAACAGAAUCACAAACCUUUACAGAGAAGAGCAAACUAAAGAUGAUGAAGAUGAUGGAGGCAAUGACAAACUAGAAAGCCCUGAGACCACUGAAACGACAGAAAAGGAAGAAGAUGCAGUUAAAACUGGAAACGAUGCUGAUUUUUUUGAAGGAAAGGUGAAACAAGAUACAAGAGAUGUGCAAAGCAAUAAGGAAAAGACAGGAAAGAAGGAAAAUCCAGGGAUCAGCGAGGAUGACUGUGUUCUUCGUGAAGCAUAUCUAAAUGUGAAUAAGAAAACACAAAUCUCCACAACAGAGGCUGAAAAUAAUCAAGUUACCGAAGACUUGGGCAAUCCUCAAAAUGAGCCAGUCCCUGAAGAAAAGAACCUUUUAGAGAACAGAGCUAAUGUGGAGGAUGUUCAGACUGUUGAGCAUGAAAAAAGAAAGCAAGAGGACUGGACUUCUUCUGAAACCAAGAAAGCUUUCCAAAACCACAGUCUUAUUUCUGAGGAGCAUGUUGAAUCACAGAAUAAUGAAGGGCAGUUUUAUCAAAUGGCAGUUUUUGUUGAAGUCAAAAUGAAUGAAAUUGCAUCUAUAGUGAAAAAGGUUGUGUCUUCACUUCCUGAUGAUAUCCGGCCUGGUCCUGACUUGUAUGGACUGCCAUGGGAAGCUGUGGUUUUCACUGGAUUUUUAGGUUUAUUGACACUGCUUCUGUUCAGCUGCAGGUUCAUUCAGUCUAUCAGAAGUCGACUAUAUGCAAGUAAAGAGACGCAAAUGGCGCAGAAAGUGGCUGAACUGCUUGAUGAAAAGUGCAAAGUGCUGGAGACAUUCAGUGAGGUUAAACAGAAGUUUGACAAACUAGAGUCCACACUACAGAACAAAGGCAUGUCUGCACAAGCUGCAGAAAAGGACAGUUUAGAGGUGGCGUCACAGAAACUUGAACAAUCAAAUGCACAAAUUAAAAAGGAAAUCGAGAGGCUGCAAGAAGAGCUGUCCCGACAAAACAAAGCAAGAAAACAACAAGAAGAUCAGCUUGCUGAACUUGAGCAGAUUUUAAGAAAUUUAGAAGAGGAAGCUAAAGAACGAAAGUCCCAGUUAGAACAGGACAACACAACGCUGAAGAUCCAUGAGAUUAACACACAGCGACUGCAGAAAAACCUGCAGGUGGCCAAAGAGGAGCACGCAAUGUUGCUUGAGAGUAAAGAACAGCUGGUGCAAGAGGCAGAGGACUGGGGUGAACGUCUGGGUGAGCUGGAGGAGGAGAUGAAAAUGUGUGAAAGAUCUCAUACUGGCAUGCUGGAAGACUGCGCUAAUAAGGAUGAUCGCAUCCAGUCACUGACAGAGUGCCUUUUGAAGAUGAGAGGUUGGGAUUCUGAGGACGAGAGCUGCGUUGACGGCAGCACUAAUGCAGCUAGGGAUGAGAAUGGAGACCGUUCAGAUUUCCAUCAGAGGCAAAAAGUACAGAAACUUAUUGAAGCGGCCAAGAUGAGUGCAGGCUUGAAGUCCAUGGAGGAGGACAAGAACAGAGUGUUCGCCAAACUCGCAGAUGAAGUUAAAGCCAAAGAAGAUCUCCAAGAGGGGAUCAAACACCUUGAGGAACAGAAGGAGGUGUUGGAAUCAGAGAGUGCCAGCUAUGCUAGUGAAAGCCAGAAACUCCAGCAGAAACUCCAGAUCAUGACUGAGAUGUACCGGGAGAAUGAACUCAAACUACACAGGAUGUUGACAGUGGAGGAGAAGGAGCGCUUACAGAAGGAGGAGAAGCUCAACAAGGCAGACAAGAAGAUCAGUUUUGCUGCAGAGGAGCUCAGCACCUACAGACAACGAGCCAAAGACCUAGAGGAAGAACUGGAACGGACAUCAGUGGCCUACAAGAAUCAGAUUACUUCUCAUGAGAAAAAGGCUCAUGAUAACUGGCUAGCUGCGAGGGCAGCGGAUCGAGACCUGGCUGAGGUCAAGAGAGAAAACUCACAUCUCCGCCAGAAGCUGACUGGGGCCCAAUUCAAGUUUGAGAUUCUUGAAAAGGAUGUACGAGAGGGCAGACCUUUAUUUAGAGGUGAAAGAUCUCCAUAUGGACACUCUCCUCUUAACAGACCAACUUCAGAAACACGGGCCUUCCUGUCCCCUCCUACACUAAUGGACGGACCCCCUCGAAUCUCACCUCCCUUCAUGGGUCCAGGCAGAGCAUCCCGUGGCGUGGUAGAGCCCCCUAGUGGUGGGCCAGACUUUGAGCGGAGUGGCCCUCACUCUGAUAGUGGCUCGUUGUCUCCCUCCUGGGACAGGGAACGCAGGGGCCCUCCCCCCCCUUCAGGUCUUCCUCUCCCAGAUCCGGGGUUGCCCUUUAGGAGGCCUCCUCCAGGUCCAUAUCCUAUGGGUCCUUUGCCUCCUAGACCUCCACUUCCUCCUGAGCCAUACUUUGGGGACAAAUCAGAUUCAUCAUUUCUAAGAAACAGCUCAUCUGUCAUUGAGAAUGAGAGCAGAGAAGGUCCUCACUCGAUGCCUGGUGACAUGAGAUUGCCUCCUGAUCCUAAUUCAAGAAUGGGACCUCCUGGCCCCCCAUUAAAGGGAAUGCCCCCACUGAUGCACCCUAGGGACCCACACUUCCCACUCAGGGGCCCUUAUGGGCCUUCGGAGUUCUUUUCCCCUCGUGGGCCUGGUGGUCUCCCCAUAGGCAUGCGAGGGCCACUUCCCCCGGGAAUGUUUCCCAGAGCUCCAAUGCCACUCCCUCAACAUAUGGGCUAUUUACCACCAAGACAUUCGUCUGACAGCUUCCCCAUCGGACCUCCACCCAGACCCUCCCCACCCGGCAGCGAGCAGCCCCCCAACCAGUCGCCCUCUCCUCAUGAUGUCAUCUGAUCUCUCACGCUCUCUUCCUCCCAUGCAAACUGUUUCCGACUUCCUGUUGUUGUGCUCAGGGGGUGUUUCCUUUGAUAUGUAACCACAGUAGCCUUGUGGUUAUAUCUUACUAUUUGUCUUAGUUGAAAGCGCAAGCAUGGCAAAGGGUGCAGCACAUGCCACUGCUUAAUAUUAUGAAGAGCAAGUCGAUGUCUGUAUUUCAGGUACAGUGCGCAGCCUUUGUGAAGGCUAAGUAGGUGAAUUGUAAAGUCAAUGAGACAGCCUUUUAACAGGAUUAUAGGUGCUCAGGUUUGUGAUGUUCUGAUGCUUUUCUUUUUUUUUUAUUGAAGGUAGAUGAUAAAAGGUCCUUAUAUUUGUCAGACUGUGUAUAUAGAAAGUCUACUAAGUAUAUAUUGUGAAAAGGAUGCUGUUAAAACAAGACUUUGGUAACUAACUUGACGAAUCCAACAACUCAAUCCAGUGAACCGUCCAUGCAGCAGAUAUAUUUUUAGUUUCAUGCCUCAUGCCUUAAAAUAGGUGGUCUGAUUAAAUAAAUCAUGUACAUUAAUAAUAAAGAUUUAAUUUGAAAAACAUUG